AUGCCUCUCGACCCCAAGGACGAGCCGUUUCCCACGAAACAGCUCAUCAUCAUCGGAAUAUGCCGAUUCUCUGAGCCCCUCGCGUUCAAUUCCAUCCUCGCGUACUCGUACGUGAUGGUACAGGAUUUGGGCAUUCAUGAACGUGAUGCAUCCUUCUACUCUGGACUACUCGUCUCCGCCUAUGCCAUUGCUGAGGCCAUCACCGCGCCGCUGUGGGGGUCUAUCUCCGACGUCUAUGGCAGGAAACCGGUCGCGUUGAUUGGUCUGGCCGGCGUUGCCAUGUCCAGUAUCGUCUUUGGUAUGGCUGGUACCUUUUGGGUCGCGCUGCUCGCGCGGUUCGUCGGCGGUGCUUUGAACGGAAAUGUUGCCAUUAUGCAGACCAUGGUUGCUGAGAUGGUCAAGAACCCAGCUCACGAACCACGCGCAUAUGCUACACAGCCCUUCGUCUGGACUUUGGGAGGCAUCAUCGGCUCAGCCAUGGGUGGUUUCCUUGCCCAGCCAGCCGUCUUCUACCCCAGCGCAUUCGCUAAGGAUGGUCUAUUCGGAAAAUAUCCAUACCUCCUUCCCAACCUCGUCGCCGCUAUCGGUAUCGUUCUGGCCAUCGUUCAGGGCAUGUUCUUUCUGGAGGAGACCCUGGUUCGUGAAGAGGAGCCCGACCAGAAUGGGGGCAUCACGUACGGCGACAACAUUAAUGAGAGGAGCCGUCUCCUACCACCUCAACAACCACACGAGGUUCCAGGACGUGUCCGAGGAUCCAUGGUCGGCUCAGUGCGCGAACCUCGUGGUUCCAUUGUGAGCUUGACAAGGGAACGCUUGCACUCCAUGUCAGUAGCAGGCAGCAUACGUCACAUUCGCAAGCGCGCGUCUUUCCUGGAAGAGGGCAUGCCAGCACCAUUCGACCAGCGUUUCGACAUCCGUCGCUCGUCCUUUGGUACCAUGCACUCCAUCAGGGUCACCCCCCACCAUGUUCUGCCCAGUCGUGGACCGCCUCCCAAGCCACGUGCAACUUUCAACAAGACAGUCGUCAUGAUGAUUGCUGCAAUGUCCAUCUUCGCAUUCCACCAGAUGGCUUUCAUCAGUAUUCUUCCUGUUUACAUUUUGGAUGAGCCGACGACCCGCGGUAUUGACUUCCGUGGUGGUCUCGGCAUGUCUCUCCACGAUGUCGGCGCGUUCUUGGCCAUCAACGGUUUCAUUGCACUGUUUGUACAGGGAUUCAUCUUUCCCAUUUUCGUCGAGCACGUUGGUGUGUGGAAGUCGUUCUUCUACAUGGUCCUGUUCUACCCCAUCUGCUACGUUAUCAUUCCCUUCAUCAGCGCUCUUCCCGACGAGUUCAUUUCGCCCGGAGUCUACCUCACGCUUCUUCUACAGGCAUUUUUCGGUAUCAUUGUGUUCCCAUGCUCUCUGAUUCUGAUGAAGAACGCGGUUCCUUCACCACUGGUCUUGGGUCGUGUCAACGGAUUGGCCAUGUCUGCCUGCUGCCUCGCGAGGACAAUCGCUUGCCCUCUCGUCGGUGCCAUCUACUCCAUCGGUGGCAGCGCUACUGCAUGGUUUGGCCUUACGCUCAUGGCUGUCUUCGGAGUCGUCCAACUCAUCUGGGUACCGAAGGAGGAUGUUGGUCCAGUUGAAAUUGACAAUGGGCUCAAAAAGGUCGUUCGUCGCGAUGACGAACACGAGGAUGCGAUCGACGACAUCUCGGUCAUCGGAUCGGUGCGGUAA